UCAACGUUUUUACUUAUAUGGGGGGUUUGCAAAUGUAAAACGUUCGAUACUCAUGAAGGGGGCAUGUAAACACAGCAGAUUUUUUGAAUAUUGAUUAAUCGGGCAGUGAAUUUUCUGCUCUAUCAAUGGUCGAACAGCGGUUCGAAAUAUUUAUUAACUGCUGUCAGGAGAUUGCAGCAGGCCAGUGAAAAAUUGUUCAUAAAAUAGAGUGCUAGUGAAAUUGAAAAAAGCAAAUAUUUACGAAAAAGUGUGGUUUUGGGAAUAAGGGAAGCUGGAAAGUUAAAUUACUUGGAAGAAUCAUGAGUGCAGAAGCAGAACUACGCCGGAGAAACAUCGGCGACGGAGAUUCCUUGGGGGAAUCUCAGCUGAAAUCGGAUGAUAUUAGCAAGCAGGCUCCGCAGGAAUCGACCACAGCAGAAAGUUCAGAUCAUAUUGACUCCGAAGAAGAAAAACUUCCCGAGGAAAAAUAUGUCGAGGAGCUGGCCAAAUCCCUGCCCCAAGGAACCGACAAAACGCCGGAAGUACUCGGCCAGGCUCUUUCCGGACUACCGGAUAGAUGGCGAAACUGGGUGAUACGAGGAAUUUUCACCUUCAUCAUGAUCAGCGGAUUUGGUCUCAUCAUUUAUGGAGGACCUUUGGCUUUAAUGAUCACGGCUCUAGCUGUCCAGGUGAAAUGCUUCGAAGAAAUCAUCUCAAUCGGAUAUUCGGUCUAUCGGAUUCACGGCCUGCCCUGGUUCCGCAGUCUCUCCUGGUACUUCCUGGUCACGUCCAACUAUUUCUUCUACGGGGAGAAUUUGGUUGACUACUUUGGUGUCGCUGUUAAUCGAGUGGACUCACUUCGAUUCCUGGUCAAGUAUCAUCGGUUCCUCUCGUUCUGCCUGUACUGCAUUGGAUUUGUCUGGUUUGUGUUGUCGCUGGUCAAGAGGUACUACAUGAAGCAGUUCAGCCUGUUUGCCUGGACCCACGUGGCCCUGCUGAUUGUUGUUACCCAGAGCUAUUUGAUCAUUCAAAACAUCUUCAAUGGACUGAUCUGGUUCAUUGUGCCGGUAUCGAUGAUAGUCUGCAACGACGUGAUGGCUUACAUGUUUGGAUUCUUCUUCGGGCGAACUCCGUUGAUCAAGCUGAGUCCCAAGAAGACCUGGGAGGGUUUCAUUGGCGGGGGUUUCGCUACGGUCCUUUUCGGUCUGGUCUUUUCCUACUAUUUGUGUCAGUUUCAGUAUUUCGUGUGCCCGAUCGAGUAUUCCGAGAGCCAGGGCCGGAUGACAAUCGAAUGUGAACCGAGCUAUCUGUUCACACCCAAAGAGUAUCAGAUUCAGCUGCUUGGAUCAAUCAAGUCGUUUACCAUGUACCCAUUCAUGCUGCAUUCGCUUUCUUUGAGUAUCUUCAGCUCAGUCAUUGGACCUUUCGGAGGAUUCUUCGCAUCUGGAUUCAAGCGAGCAUUCAAGAUCAAGGACUUUGGUGACAUGAUUCCCGGCCAUGGAGGUAUUAUGGACCGUUUCGACUGCCAGUUUCUGAUGGCAACCUUCGUUAAUGUGUACAUUUCAAGCUUUAUCCGUAUGACAUCACCCCAGAGGCUCUUGAAUUUGGUUUACACACUUAAACCAGAACAGCAGCUACAGCUGUUCAAUCAGCUUAAGGAAAGUCUCGAGGAGCGAAAUAUAAUCAACUUGAAUUAAGAAGUUGUAUUGUCGCAAUAUUUUGAGCGGGGUUUCCACUACGACAAAAAUCUAGGAAAUCUCCGCCCCUAACUUUGAGGAUGAUGGUAGAACCGUACUGAAAUGAAUAUUUAUACCUACUUAUAAGUUACAUGAACUGACUCAAAAGAACAAAUCACACUCUGUCACAUAUACAAAGUUGUAGCUGCGGAAGCAACAUUUCAGUCGAAAAGUCACACCCCAUACGUGUUUGUUACAGAAAGCUCAUCGAGAGUCCAUACGGGCACAAUUAUUUUUGUUUUGUUAAUUUUAGUUUUUUGUUGUCACAAAAAAAAUGCAUGCCGACAUUUUUGGAACAAGUUUAUGUUUUAUGAAUUUUUACCAAUCGAUAAGAUAUGGCUUGAAAUUUUUAUAAAUAUUUUAGAGAAUAAAUCCGACAGAGCUUUUCCGUCUUCGAUGGAAUAAUCGGGCUCGAAUGGUAAAGAUUCGGUUAUGUUAGAAAGUGAAUCAAACACAAUUGGUUAGCUAGUAGAAAUAGAAAUUAUUCACAAUAUAGUUGAAACCCGUAAAAAGAGAACCCUUUGAACCGUCGUUGAUAUUUGCAAGCAAAUUCUAUGAAUAUAUCUAUAAUACAUCAAAUACUAGUACUAUUCAUUAUGUUUUUGACGAAUCAGAAGUUAGGCGAAAAAAAUCGACUACAUCGACAAUGAUCCCAGCGCUUUUUAUUUACAUUCCGUUGCAGAUGAGAUAAACUUUUGCAGCAAAUGCUUGUGUUAUUCUUUGAGCUUUAGUUUAGGGUAUUCAACUGAAAUCUAAAGAAUACAGCAAUGUGACAGUCUAGAGAGAGGUUUCGUUAAAUUGUUAGUUGUAAUGAUGUAAACAUUUUUUUUACGAGAGAAAUUGCGAAUGAUUUCCAUUAGCUCCAUUACCUUUUGAUUGUGAUUAGGAACUGUUUAAGUCUCGUCAUGUUCACCAAUUAUAGAAACAAGUGCAAUUUUCGAAGUUGAUUUCCUUCGUUACCUUACUUUGUACUGUAAAUCACGUUGCGCCAAAAAUAGCUAUAGUUUAUGAAAAAAGCUUACCUACUCUACUUGGUUUGGACUGUUUCAAGGGUGUUAUCGAUUCUAUUGGUUCUAUUCUAUUUUCCGUAACUGGUAUCAGUUCUAUUUUCGUAGACAUUAUUUUUGUUUGUAGUUUUAAUGAUAUAGGUAUAUAGUUUGUUAUUCACCUUAGAUUAAAACGUCUUCAACUGUCGACUGACCUUCCCUCUGUUAUGAAAAUGCUCCAAAAAUUUCACCCAAUGCAUCAUCAUUAAGCGAGAAUAAUUUAGCAAAAUCAGUGUAAAGUCAUUAACUGGUAAGCUCUAGUUUAAUUUCCGAUUAAUUUCGAGUGAGGUACACAUUCUUCUUCUCCAUUUAAAAGAGUCGAUUGUGGUCAUCGAUUUCACACAAAAUAUAAAUGAUACUUAUAGGCAACAUAUAACAAACCUCAGUGUAUUUUUUCCAGGUUCAAUCUAUGAAUGUUUAUUCUGGCAGUUUGACAAAUUAAAACAAUCUUUGAUAAAGCAACUGUUCGGAAGCUUUCCGAAUAAGAUAUUGAGAAACCCAUAAUCAUGAUAGAUUUGUAAGCAAAAUGUACGAUCCGAUAAAGAAAAAAAAAACGAUAACUCCAAUUGCAUGGAAUGAAAAAGUAUCUUCUGGUUAAAGAAAUCUGUAGUAGCAGUCGAUCUUUUAGGUUUAGGAACCGGUAGUAAUGUGUGGUAUAUGGUGACUGUAUCGUUUCAUUUAACAAGGUAAAAAGGACUUAACAACAUCUAAACGCGGUUGUUGCCGGAGCCAAAACGAAACUUGCAAACAGCGAGAGGCAGACAGUAGAGGAUGAUUUCAGCAAACGCAUUGACCGCGUUCAAGAAUGCCGGUAUUAUUAGUAACAAUCGUAACUUAUACGAACCACAGAAGGAAACUUUGAUGUCUGUUAGUGGUGGAAUCAUUUACGAAACAGAAUAUAAAUUAUUAUAAAUCAAGAUCUAGUUGAAAUAAAUAGAGCUCCCUUUAUGUAACUGUGUAA